GCAUUCCGUCACAAACAGUGUGUGUGCAAAGAAGAAGACAGGCACGCACGGACCGUGAUAGCGGAGUUUUUGUUUUUGCAUUCUUACCAUAAAACAAAUUGUCGAUUUUAACUUAUUUAAUUAGCAAUUUAAACAAUUGCUCUAAACAAAUUCCGUCUAAAGUGCAACGAAAAUACGUAGUAAAUAUUCCAAAUAAACAAAAGAUUAUUUGCCACGGCUGUCUGGGCUGCGCAACUGGACAGCAACAAUUAAUGAAAUGAAAGUGGAAAUCGUGUGAUGUCAUGUCGACGACGACGACGGCAGCGACGUCGACCGUUCUGUGAAUUGAAACUUCCUGUUCUCGCUCUCUCUUCCUCGCCCUCUCUGUCUUGUGCCGCCGUAUGAGAGAUCCUUUUGAAGGCAGCCAAAAGUGCGACAAGUGACGGUGAAUUAAAUUUGGCAAUAAAAUAAAAAUAAAAAAAUAUACGAAAAAAAUUCCAAUUUUCAUUCCACCGCUCAGCUGCAAAUGUGCCAGUGAAUAGCAGCACAAAAGAGAAAAGGUGAAACGAGCCAACACACAUACACGCACGCACACACACACACACACACACAACCGAUUGCGUGUAGGUGUGAGUUGGUUUUCUGGAGCGGGCAACGGGCAGCCACAACGGACAAAGCACUCAAAAACAACAACAAAAGAAAUAAAAUAAAACAAGUUUUCUUUUUAUUGAUUUCCCUCCAAAAAAGAAAUAAGUAAAAACAAAAAUAAUUGACGACAAUUCCGCCCAAGCAACAGGAGCAGCUGCAUUUGCCACGCCUACACACAGACUGUGGUACCGUCCUAAAGCUACACACACACACACACACACACACACAUUCCCUCCCUAUCCCCCUUUCCACCUGCAACACCCAAACACCAUGUCCAGCCCAAGCGCCAACGAUGGCGCCCAAACAGUACUGGAUCUGCGCAUGGAAGUGGAGCGUCUGACACGCGAACUUGAUCAGGUGUCCAGCGCCAGCGCCCAAUCCGCUCAAUAUGGCCUCUCGCUGCUGGAGGAGAAGUCAGCGCUGGAGCAGAAGUGCGAGGAGCUGGAAACCCUCUACGACAACACACGGCACGAGCUGGACAUUACGCAGGAGGCGCUCACCAAAUUUCAAACCUCACAAAAGGUCACGAACAAGACCGGCAUCGAGCAGGAGGAGACGCUGCUGAAUGAGUCAGCCGCUCGCGAAACAUCGCUCAAUUUGCAAAUACUUGAUCUGGAGAAUGAGAUUAAGCAGCUGCGUCAUGAGCUGGAACGUGUGCGCAAUGAACGGGAUCGAAUGCUGCAGGAGAACUCGGAUAUUGGACGUGAUAAGAGCGACAAUGAGGCGGAACGGUUGCGUCUCAAGUCCGAGCUAAAGGAUUUGAAAUUUCGCGAGACGCGCAUGCUCAGUGAGUACUCUGAGCUGGAAGAGGAGAACAUAUCGUUGCAGAAGCAGGUCUCCAGCCUGCGAAGUUCGCAGGUGGAGUUCGAGGGUGCCAAACACGAGAUACGUCGCCUCACCGAGGAGUUGGAGCUGCUGAAUCAACAGGUCGAUGAGCUGGCGAAUCUGAAGAAGAUUGCCGAGAAGCAAAUGGAAGAGGCGCUGGAGGCACUUCAGGGCGAGCGUGAGGCCAAAUAUGCGCUGAAAAAGGAGCUGGAUGGUCACCUGAAUCGCGAGUCCAUGUAUCACAUCAGCAAUCUGGCCUAUAGCAUACGCAGCAACAUGGAGGACAAUGCCAGCAAUAAUUCGGAUGGCGAGGAGGAGAAUCUGGCGCUGAAACGCCUCGAGGCAGACCUAAGCACAGAGCUCAAAUCGCCCGAUGGCACCAAAUGCGAUCUCUUCUCCGAGAUCCAUCUGAACGAGCUGAAGAAGCUGGAGAAACAGCUGGAAAGCAUGGAGAAUGAGAAAGCCCAUCUAACGACCAAUUUGCGUGAGGCGCAGAGCAGCCUGGACAAGUCACAGAAUGAGCUGCAAAACUUUAUGUCACGCCUGGCGCUGCUCGCCGCCCAUGUGGAUGCGCUGGUGCAGCUAAAGAAACAAAUUGACGUCAAGGAUCAAACGGCCAGUGGGCAGGCAAGGGAUGAACAACUGCAACAACAGCUGCGCCAGUUAAUCUCACAGUAUGCCAAUUGGUUUACGCUCUCCGCCAAGGAGAUAGACGGCCUCAAGACUGACAUUGCUGAGCUGCAGAAGGGUCUCAACUAUACGGACGCCACCACUACCCUGCGCAACGAGGUGACCAAUCUGAAGAACAAGCUGCUCUCCACCGAACAAAAAUCGUUGGAUCUGCAGUGCGAUGUGCAGACCCUAACGCACAUCUCGCAGAAUGCGGGCCAGAGCCUGGGCUCGGCGCGCAGCACUCUGGUGGCGCUCAGCGAUGAUCUGGCGCAAUUGUAUCAUCUGGUCUGCACGGUGAACGGUGAGACGCCUUCACGUGUGCUGCUGGAUCACAAGAGCGAGGACAUGAGCUUUGAGAACGAUUCGCUUACCGCUAUCCAGUCGCAGUUCAAGUCGGAUGUACUCACAGCACGCCCGCAAAUUGUUGAGGAUUUGCAGGGUCUGGCCGAUUCGGUAGAGAUUAAGAAGUAUGUGGACACCGUCAGCGAUCAGAUCAAGCAUCUGAAAACCGCCGUCGAGCAUACCAUCGAUCUGAACAAGCACAAAGUGCGCGUCGAGGGUGGCGAAUCUGUGGAGAAGGGCAACACCGAGGAGGUGGAGGAGCUGCAGGAGCAAAUUGUCAAGCUCAAGAGUCUGUUGUCCGUGAAGCGCGAGCAAAUCAUAACGCUACGCAAUGUGCUCAAGUCAAACAAACAAACCGCCGAGGUGGCACUCACCAAUCUCAAGUCCAAGUAUGAGAACGAGAAGAUCAUUGUCAGCGAUACCAUGUCCAAGCUGCGCAAUGAGCUUCGACUGCUCAAGGAGGAUGCUGCCACCUUCUCAAGUCUGCGCGCCAUGUUCGCAGCACGCUGCGAGGAGUAUGUGACCCAGGUGGAUGAUCUGAAUCGCCAGCUGGAGGCUGCCGAGGAGGAGAAGAAAACGCUCAAUCAACUGCUGCGCUUGGCGGUGCAACAAAAGCUGGCGCUCACACAGCGUUUGGAGGAAAUGGAAAUGGAUCGCGAGAUGCGUCAUGUGCGCCGUCCGAUGCCACCGCAGCGCGGCACCAGCGGCAAAUCCUCGUUCAGCACGCGCCCCUCCAGCAGAAAUCCGGCGAGCAGCAAUGCGAAUCCCUUCUAACAUAAGAUCAGCGUGCAGCGUAAGCUUUUGGCUUUGGUUUAUACUUUGCUUAAGUUGUAAAUUCGUUGGGAGCAUCGUUGGACAACAUGAUGAACCACCACCCACUCCGCAAACGGACAGACACACACACACACAUACUGCAAAUGUAUUUGUGAACGAUGCUAUAGCUACGGUCUAUCCUAUAUUAACGAUAACUAUCUAUUUGUAUCUGUUUCUAUUUGUAUUUAUUGAGAGUUUAGUUAGACGAAAGAAUUUUUGUGUUAGGCGAAUCACGCAACAAACAGUUAUUAACGGUUAGUUACUUAAACGUCCAAUUAAUUUAAUUAACAAUUUUGAAAAUGCAAAGAAAAACAGAAAACAAAUCGAAACUAACGUAAACAAUUGUAUUUUUCUAUAUAUACAAAACACAUACACAUAUAUGUAUUCAAUAACGUUUUAGUUCGAUUUAAGUUGAGUUUUGUUAAAUUUUCGCGUUGAUUGUUUGAUUUUUGUUAUCAACGCUGUGCGCAAGCGAAACUCAAAAGAAUGAGGAAAAAGAAAAAAAAAAACUAAAACAAAAUUUUUUGAUAUGAUAAUGUUUGAAGAUCUAGCAAGAUCUAAUUGGCAAAUGAAAAACCCAUGUAUUAAUUGGCCUGAUAACAAUAUAAGUAUUUUUUUCAAAACGGACCGCCCACAAAUUUGGCGUCCAAAAAAAAAACUCUGUACGUAAAGAACAAACAGAAACUCUUGUCAAGGGGGAGGGUAGCUACAAAAACCCAAGAUAAUGGGUGCAAAAGCCACAUGCCCAAAAAAAAAAAAAAA